AUGCUUCUUUCGGUUCUUGCUGCAUCCAUUGCGUACCAAGCCGGUCUAAACCCGCCUGGUGGCUUCUGGCCUGAUGACACUCCCAAAAAUGGUUACAAGGCUGGCAACCCGGUACUUAAGGACAUAAACUCCUGGCGCUACAUGGUAUUCUAUGUCUUCAAUUCCAUCUCUUUCAUGUCAUCUAUUGCCGUAGUCAUGCUUCUGCUGAGUAAAUCUGUGAGACAGAAGAAGGUUCCGCUCCAAGCAUUGCACUUCAUCAUGAUACUGGACCUGUCGGCUCUGAUGACAGCUUAUGCAGCUGGAAGUUGCAGAAAGUUCAGGACUUCAAUAUUCAUCCUCGUGGUAGUAUGUUGUGUGCUGGUGUACCUUCUGUUUAUUAUUAUCUUGUCAAGUGGCAUAGCAAGAUGGCUGAAAAAACAGAAAAAGAAGGUGGCUUCCUUGCUGCUGGAGCCUAGCCAUGCCGCUGCAACUUCAGCAUGA